AUGUAUGUUGAUGGAGGUUCAACAAUUACACUUGUAUGCCCAUUCAAAGCCGACCCUGCGAACUCCAUUAGGUGGUCUGGACCUCCAAAUUUGAUCACUCUGUCGAUUGGGUUGGCCAUAAAUCCUAAUUUACCAGACGCACAGAGAUCCCGUCUUAGUAUUUCAAUUGGUAGCAAUGGGGAAUACAACUUAAAGAUUUCAAACAUUCAACUGCACGAUGAAGGAGUAUAUAGAUGCAAUGGAGUAACUGGUGGAUCGUUAGUAUCUGAAGACUUCCACUUGAUUAUAAAAGUUCCAAUUACUUCAGUCAUACUGUCAAAUCAAGCGGCUGAUGAAAAUCCAGUGAAAGUUGUAAAUGAUAAAAACAUAAUGUUUACCUGCAAAACAAAUGCCGGUCGACCAUCCUCUAAAAUACAGUGGUAUAUUGCAAGUGUCAACAUUACAUCAUCUGCUUCAAGUCAUACUGACGUAUGUGCUACAGAUUGUUCUGAUGAUAAAUUAAUAUCUUCAAGCCAGCUUAUAUACAAAGGGAAGAAGGAAGACAGCGGGAAAAUUGUAUAUUGUACUGCAUUAAAUAUACAGGGACAUGGUGUAAGGUCAUCCAACAAAACAAUUGAUGUAUUAUGUAAGUAUUUUUGA